UACGCCUGCGGAAGUAAGGAGGAGUGAAUCAUCGGAACAAAACCGCAGUUAGUUCAUCGCUUACGUAUUUAACACAGCCGUUAAACUGUCAGGCUAACCCUUCUUUUUUUUAUUAUUAUCAGCCCCAAACCAAGUUAGAAUCAAAGCUUAACCCUGUAUGAUCAUGUGGUUAUGCGGUGAUUAUUUUUUCCAUUUUCAGUCAGGCUUUACGCGAGCUACCUAAAGGGGGCCUUUCUCUUCAGUAGCGCUAAGCAUGGCGCUAACGACUUUCGAACCUAAAAUAUAAAACUCACGGAACAGAGAGCAGUUUAACGUGAUAUGGCUAUUUAAUAUGAUGACUGAUAGUACAUUAAAGUAACAAAUGCUGCUGCUAAAACUUUCCUACUCUUUAUUUUUGGAAAACGCUGAUUGAAUGCAAACAAAAUGAGCACCGAGGUGUGUCCACACUGUGGGAAGACAUACAAAAGGCUUAAGAGCCACCUGCCACAUUGUAAGGCAGCAGCAAGCUCUAAAACACCUGGAACCACACAAGAUGGACCGAAGUCUCAGACUUCCCGCUCGGCUGCAGCGCUGUCCAAAACCACAAGAGGACAGAAGGUCAAACAGACGUCCUCCCUGACCUCAGACCUCCAAGAKGCAGAGAAGGUUAAAAAGAUGGCUGCGUCGCUAUCGUCACCUUCUUUAAGUASUGCUUCACCUCCAUCAUCAGCAAAGAAGAAGAAAAAGCAGAAGGUGGCCGAUCAGACCGAGACCACCGCCGUUUUCUCAUCUCUGUCUCCACCACCGUCCRCCACCGUUUCAAAGCCAAAAAAGAAAAGUCUCCGUGCUUUGAAUGAAGCUGCAAAGUUAGAGCACGUUGCAAAAGGAUCAGGCAUUAACGGCUGUAGCAGUGAUCAGAAAGGGACCAAAGUUUAUCCAGACAAAGACUCUGUGAAAGAUCAAAGAGCAACAAUCAAGAAUGUGUAUCUGGACUCCAAUGGGAAAGACAAUACCACAAAGCCCCAUUCAGGACACAGCUUCUGUGUGGAAAGUCCGGUGGAGACGGAGGAAAGUUUUUCUCAGAAACCAGGAAGUGGUCACCAAAUGAAGGUUACCCUGCAGGAUGUUAAAGCCACAUUAGGCAGAGCUAAUAGCCACCGAUACUCGGGCAGGCCGAGCAUCCUGAGUCGUAUUGCUGCUGCUGCUGACAAUCAGAGCAGUGAACUUCAGCUCGAGUCUGAUUUUAAAUCGGCUCCGACGGAGAGCCGAAAAGACGGCGUCAGCCUCGUCGCACCGCGGUCUGACGAGCUGCUCUUGAGCGAUGAGCGGCAGCACACAGAGCUUCAYUUGUUCCACAGGAAGUCCAAACAAGCAGCUUUGAUCCCUCUGCAACAAGACGCCGCUUGUCAGCGAGAGCCGGGUCCUCCCGCUGCCUUCGUCCUCACUGCGUCUGCGUCUCAGGUGCAGCAGGCCACYCCCCCUCCAGGUAAACUCGGCCCGACUCAGCUGGCACGACUCCCCUCUGUAUUGUCACCCGUCGAUCCGUCCUCCAGCUUCCUUCUGUCUUCUGCCGCUGCACAAACUUUGCCUGAAGAGGUCGGGAAACGAAGCGCUGCGGGAAAACCAGCCGAAGUGCCUCUGACGCAGCAGAGUCUGGUACAGGUGAGACUGAAGGAUCUACCCACAUGGCUGGSCGCCAGAACCCCGAGGCAUCCUAGAGAUGUUGUAGACAUGGUGCAAAGCGGCUGGCGGUGGUAUUACAGGCGGUACACUGACGUGAAGAAAGGCGGUGUGGCUGGAGUGAGCAUGCUGCUGGUAGGAUACUGUGUGCUCAGCUACAUGUGGAGCUACCCUCAUAUAAAGUUGAGUCGUUGGAGGAAGUAUCAUUAGAGACGAAGGAAGCAGCUGCCUGAAGAGGAAGUAUCUGAAUUAUGUUUGAUUCAAUUAUAAAAGUGCACAGGAUUUUUUAAAUAUGAGACAUAUUUGUAUUUAUCUUUAACUAAGCAGAAACGUAUGUUAAUAGUAUUUUUUUAAAUAAAAAAGCAAGAUCCAGUGACUAGUUAGGUUUAUGAGAAAGUGACUCGCUGAAGCUAUCUUAUGAUUACCAACUUUUUUUGUUUGCCUUAAUUAAAUAAACCAAAUUGAUUGCUAAUUGUGCAUUAGUCCUUUAAGUAUCUUAAAAUAUUAAAAAUAACAGUAGUCUGGUAAUUGUUGAGGUCCUUUGUGCUGGUAUUAAAUUCUUGGUGAAUUAACUUAUUAGUAAUGAACAUGUUAACUAGAAACAGGUGGGUCAGAAAAGGUGAAGUUUUCUAAACCACUUGUCCAUACUGUUCCCUUCUGUACUGUAAAUUAUUUAUCUAUCUAUAUUUAUAAGAUUUUGUAAUCUUUUAAGUUAGAAAAAGACCUAAAAGMUGGCUUUUAUGGAAUUUAAARAUUUAAGAUGCAAGUUUCWGCAUUUCUUUAGAUGACCACUAGGUGUCACUGUUGGGUUAUUUAAAAAAAAGGCACCAGGAUUCAAAUCGGUAUUUUUGUGCAGAUGCACUGAUUCUGGAGUCCAUCAGAGGAUUAAAUGCAACCAUCAGGUUUUAACUUAAACUUUGGCCUCUACGUUGAAAAGGGAACAUAAAACCUAAACGUCCUGAUGCCGGCGAACACAAACAUCUCGUAUUCGAGUUCCUACUUCCUCUCCCACAUGAUGUGAUUAUGCAUGCUGUGUCCAUCAGUGUGUGGACACUCACAGAAUGGUAAUASAGGGACACCAAAGAAAGGUUCUGGACCCGUUCUGUUGUUUUCAAAAAAAAAAAAAAAAAUUUAUUGUUGACUUUUUUUUUGCCGCUGUAGAAAACACACUAAGCUACAAAGAAUGAAAUAACAUUUUUUGUAACUACUCUUCCUCAGCCAACACAAUAAAAAAUAAUUCCCACA